GUAGAGGAAGAAAAAUGCAGUGCACUCCUGAUCACAGUGUCUAUGUCAAGAGCUGCAAAGAUCAGCGCUGUCAUGGCAGCUUGUCUGACAGCGGCUACUCCAGUGUCCUCCGCAGUCCGUGGAAGGACACCAGGGUUACACACGACACCUGUAGAAGUUUAUCUUCAGCAGAAUUCAGUGAAUCUCCCAAAGAAAACUUCCAGCUGUCUGUCUCACCGAAGAAGGGGAGGAGUAAAGAUUCGGCGCUGCAUUUGGACACAGAUUCAAAGCGGGUUUCACAGGCAGCUGCAGCUUGCAGGUGUGAAACACCUCAAGGAUACAAGAAAGACACGAUAUUACGACGUAGACUUCUCAUGAGUAAACCUGCCACAGAUGAGACAGCUGUCAGCAAUAGAUCACCAUGGACCAACAGGACAAAAUCCUCUUUGAGUGAUACUUCUGAAACCUGGUUCAGUGCAUCAUUUGACUCCCUAGACUCUGUGUUGUCAGGGCCUAUGUUGACAAACACUUUAAAACUGGAGCCGGACUUGUCCUUAUCUGGGAGGAUAGGACGUCUCUUCUUUUCAAAUGUAAGGACCUCCACUCUUGAAGAUGGCAAGCAGAGCAUCAGUGAAAGCAGUAUUUCACUCUUGGAUGCAGAUAUGAAUGAGAGCAUUACAGUUGCUGAUCAGCUUACUGUAGGUGCCUCUAAGGACCGUUCUCAGUCACCCCUCAGAGAUGUGACAAAUAGCCCAUAUGAAAUCUCAAGCAUUGAGAGUACGCCGUCAACCACACGUAUACCCAAAUGCAUCAGGUCAGUGUGUGAAGACAGCGGGUUCAGUUCUCUGACGCUCGACAAAUCUCGGGACUCCUCUGAGGACCACGAUGGCUCAUUCCAGGAACUUCUGCCUUCCGUCUCCAAAGGAAACAAUGGAACCCCAUAUCUGCCAGAGGUGAAAAGGCGCUCCCGUUUUCAGCGUCAGCACAGACUUUCCACGCUUAAAGAAGGAGGGUCUCAAUCUGAGGAGGACUCGGCUGAUAGAAAGCAUGGGCAUCUUCAUCAGCGCUGCAGUCACUCUAAUGAAGAUGGAGUGUUUGUUGACGAUACCACACCAAGCAGCAUCGUUUUAGUCCAGCGUAGUAACAGCCUAGCUUCUGCCGUACCAGACUAUGCAACCCCACACAGGGAAGCAGUUGCAAAACUAGAAGCCACGACACCUUUAUGCACAGCUCCAGCCAGUACAGAUGCCACUCUUCUCUGCACGGCAUCAGUCAAUCUCUCUCUGACACCAGCUUUGCAGCUGGUUCAUGCCAUGAGCCAGAAGAAGGCACAGAUGUUUGUUGCACAGAGUCCUUGUCUGCAGGAGCAACUCAGGUCUGCAGCAGCACUGGCUGGGACCCCGGUGACGUUUAGGACCACGAUGCCACUGUCAGGGCUGAUCGGCAGGAAGAUGGGCCUGAAGAAGGUCGACAUACUGACGGAACUGAAGAAGAGGAACCUUGGCCACGUCCUGGCUGUCAUACUCGGCCACCUGCCGUCUGAGUGCAUUUACAGGUUUGGUCAGGUGUGCCAGAACUGGAAUGAAAUCAUUAAGCAGGACAAGCGAGCUCGCUUUAGAAGAACAGCAUACUUACAUGAAGUUGAGGCUGCUCUUGAGCUUGGGAGCGCUGUCCACAUCCCUGAUGCAGAGACCAGGCUGACUUUGUCAAAGAGAUCAGCCCUCAAGUUGGUUCAGGCUCAGUCCAGAACAUCUGGCUUCUGCACCCCUCAGUCAGGAAAAAAGAGUCUGUCCUCAUUACAGGACAACACUUCACAUUCUGGCAGCAGCAGCAAACGGGAGAAGUUUUUAGAAAUUGCUAAAACGCUCUUCAGUGAUGAGUGUCUGAAGCCUUGCCCUCGAUGUCAGCAUCCUGCCAGGUGUCACUUGGUGAAAAGAGAGGGUGUGUGCAGCAGAUCUGACUGUGCUUUCCGGUUUUGCACAUCCUGCUUCUGUGCCUUCCACGGCUCUAAAGACUGUGGCAGCCAGUCUGCAGGCCACCGCAAAAAGGACACACGUCUUCCUGGGAGUGCUGAAAGCAAGAGAAAUGUAAGGAGACUGUGAGCUGCUUAUUUGGAUACAUUUUGGUGCAAAUGCUGAUGGUCAAGACACCGGUCUGUAGCCACAAUGUGCUUUUCCUCAUGAAUGUCUUUAUACCUGUGCAUAUUUAUGUAAUGUGUAUAAUUUUUUUUUUUGUAAUUUUUUUCAUCAGUCCUACUUGUUUUUAAUUAUGAAUGAGGAGGACCAACAGAGAUGAAGGUACUCUCUUUCCUGCACAUUGAUCAAC